AUGUUGCAGUUGCUCCAGCAGCUUCCUGAAUAUAAGAAGGGAAAAGGUGGUGGACCUGGGGAGAUUGAGGUGGACUCAUCCAGUGCAGACUGCGGCUCACAGCUCAUAGCCCCUCCAAAUACUAAUCAGGAAUUUGUAGCUGUGGGUGAAUUCCCUUGGCUGGUGUCACUGCGUGAUCUGCAUAACAAGCACAUUGCCACUGGGUGUAUCCUGAGCGAAUAUUGGAUAGUCAGUGUGGCGUCCAGUUUCCAGAACAGGAGCCAGACUUUUGUUGUGGCAGGUGCCACAGAUUUGAAAAGCAGUAGAAACAUCACCUUACCUAUCAGCACCAUCUUCCUCCAUGAGGACUUUGAUGAAAUCACCCUUGCCCACAAUAUUGCCCUUCUGAAAACAGCCAGCCCGUUGGAGUUUAGCGAGACCACCCAGCCCAUCUGCUUCCCCCACCAAGACUUCCCUGAAACUGCUCUGAAGAACUGCAUGGUUGCAGGCUGGCUGAAUCCUCACACAGGUGAGCAACUUACAGGAAGGGGGUCUCUAAGGAAGCUCUCCGCCGAUGACGUUGACCGCUGUCCUCUGAAACGAACCAUCAGCACAGAGUGUUCCAGCCACAGGGAGAGUGACAACGUAGCUGGAUGCCUGGGAGAACCUGGCAACCCCAUCAUGUGCCAAACAAGGGAAACAGGCCACUGGAUGCUGAAAGGAGUGUUGACUGAAGGUGGUGCCAGAUGCUAUGGGCCAUUCCUUUACACCCAGCUGUCCUAUUACAGUGACUGGAUUGUGAUCACCACGGCAAAAGGAAGAGUUCCCAUCACUCCCACCCUUGGCAGGAGACACUUUGCCAUCUGGACAGAGAAGGCCAGAGAGGCCCCAGAACCCAUUUUAGCCAGCAGAGUUCUUAAUUUCUCAGAUGCUUCUGAAGAUUUCCCUCUCAAUUCUGAUGCAGAACGACAAAAUGGGAGCACAGAAGUAUUUUUAAAUGGGUCAGCGAGGUCACAGGGCAAAUCUGAUCUAAUCUACUAUGAUUACUACAGUGGGGAGCUGCUCCCCAUUUCCACAGCAAAGAGACAUCAGCUUCAGGGACUCACCGCUGUAAGCCUCCUGCUUCAUCUGCUAACUUGCUUGAUGACUGCUUAA